AUGAAAGUUUUCGCGUCAACGUGCACAUUCGAUUACUCAUGGGAGGAGGUCUCUACUGCCAACUGGCGAAAGUACUGUCCGUGGAAUGACAAGUCGACCCAUGUUGUGGCUGUUGAUAUUCUCUCCAGGACACUGCACCCUGAUACCGGCAUUCUACGAACGGAACGUCUUAUAACCUGUAAUCAAACUGCUCCUCAAUGGCUGCUCACACUUUUCGGUGGCAAUGCUACCUCUCACGUCUACGAAGUGUCAUAUGUCGAUCCUUCUUCUAAGAGAGUGACGAUGUGCUCAACGAACCUUACAUGGUCGAAUGUUCUGAAAGUCCGAGAGACCGUGACCUACCAGCCGUCCCGAAAUGCUCCAAGGACGAAGACAGAUUUCAAGCAAGAUGCCCAAAUAACAGCCGUUUGCAGCGGGUGGCAGAAAGUGAAAAACAAAGUUGAAGAAGCAAGCGUUGAACGAUUUAGCCAGAACGCUAAGAAGGGUCGUGAGGGCUUCGAGGCUGUGCUGGAGAUGAGUCGGAGGGUGUUUGGGGAGCAACGUGAAUCUGAGGCAAGGAAGCAGACCCACAUAACACCCCCGCUCCUCGUCCUUGAGCUUCUCCUUUGGCGACUUCUUCUUGUGUCAUAUAUGUCCCCUUCCGUUUCUCUUCCUCGAACUGCCGCUCUAGGUUAG